CCGCCUACCCGCCGCGUGUACGUUCACGCUGCGGUUUCCGCUGCUUCGGGGAGUUGGUUCUGGUAGCGGUGUUUUUGGCCUGCUGUUCGGAGCUCGGAGUAGGGCCGUCCGCAUCCCCACCCUUCUCCCGCCUUGGGUCGGCUCGGUUGCGGGCUAGGCUCCAGGUGCCAUGGCUUCUCGCGGGAGGAAGCGAAAGGCAGAGGCGGCGGUGGUUGCGGCACCUGAGAAACAGGAGAAGUUGGCUGGCGGCCAGAAGGAAGUGGAGGAAGCGACCGUAGUUAUCGAGCAUUGCACGAGCUGACGCGUGUACGGGCGCAACGCCGCGGCCCUGAGUCAGGCGCUGCGCCUGGAGGCCCCGGAGCUUCCAGUGAAGUUGAACCCUGCCAAGCCGCGGAGGGGCAGCUUCGAGGUGACGCUGCUACGCCCAGACGGCAGCAGUGCAGAGCUCUGGACUGGGAUUAAGAAGGGGCCCCCACGGAAACUCAAGUUCCCUGAGCCAAAAGAGGUGGUGGAGAAGCUAAAGAAGUACCUUCCGUAGAGAGAUUUGGGUAGAAGUCCUCAUGCUGAGCCUUGUGUCUCUGGUGAUGUUGAAGCAUUUAUGAUGGGACAUGGUGAAACUUCAGUCAUGUGCCUGAAGCUAUGGUUUCUCCCCCUCCAGAAAUGAAGGUUCAGUUGUGAGGCAACCCUCUAGUAAGGCACUGAAAAGUUCUUGGAUUUGGUUUGUUUAAUAAAAAUUGAAAUAAAGUACUUGAGUAAUAAA